AUGUCAGACGCAGUUAAACGCCUGCACAUCACGCCUCUAGACGCCGCGAUCCUCGAGACAGUGCUACAGCCCUCGAUCCGCCCGCUUGCCACUGAUAUCUCGUUCCAUACGAUAGAGACACACCCAGAGAACAACUACGGAUUCGUCAGUCUUCCCAGGGCCGAGGCAGAGAGGCUCACCAAGAAGCUCAACGGCGCAUUUCUCAAGGGCAGGAAGCUACGGAUAGAAGAGGCCAGACCAGCUCCCAGCAGCCAAUUGCAGGUGGAACCAGAGGUCAGAGCACAGUCUACAGGGUCUACAGGGCCUGAGAAGGGGGUGGCUCGCAAGCGGAAGGCCAUUGACCACGUUAUCGAGGGCUACGAGCUGCCGUCGCCGCGGAAAGUAAUGCGAGGAUGGACUGAGCCUCGUGCCUCUUCGGGGAGAUCGAAAAAGAAGGACUCGGACUCGAAAGAGUCGAAGAAGAGCAAACAGCCGUCCAAGUACUCGAGUGGCUCAGAGUGCUUGUUCCGUACUGUCCCGCCGGCUAACAAGUCUACAAAGACGAAGUCGAGCUCGAGCAAGAAGAAGGGAGGGGAUGAGUCUGUGACGGUACACGAGUUUAAGCGGACAGUCAAGCAUCCAAGCUUUGUCAAGUCAGGCGAGAAUGUUGCCUCUUCAAAGCUUACCGGUGAAUAUGUAGAAGGGAAAGGAUGGGUGGACCGGGAGGGCAAUGUCAAGGAGGAGCCGCCAAAGAAGAGCGAGAGGCCGGCUCAGACGCCUGUGAGGAAUAAGCAGACGCCCAAGACUGAGAAGAAGGCGGAUGCGGCAGAGUCACCGGCUGCCAGCGACAAAUCUGGCUCUUCAGCAGCCGAUUCCUCAAGCAGUGAAGAUUACACGAGCUCUGACGGGUCAGAUAGUUCGUCUGAAUCUGAAUCUGACGAGAAGGCGGAGGAAGACGACGAAUCUGACACCUCAAGUACGGGAACAUCCAGCUCUGAAGAAUCAGAGAGUGAAAAACUAGAGGCUGUCGAGCGGGAGACUCCAGCCCCAACAGUCGAAGGAAACAAAGAUACCCCAAAAGUUCAUCCGCUAGAAGCGCUAUUCAAACGUCCAAAGCCAUCCAAUAUCUCCAUCCCAAACCCCCAGUUGACUAUUGACACGCAGUUCAGCUUUUUCGGCAACGCAGAAGAGUCCGGCAGUGACGACGAAGCUCGGGACAAGUUAUAUACUGAGCCGCAGACUCCCUUUACGGUGCAAGACCUGCAGUCUAGAUCCAUGCGAAGUCUGGCUCCUACACCGGACACUGCACUUCCUACCAAGAUCACCUUCUGGGGCGAGGACUCUAACAUGAAUGAUUUACAUCAUGACGAUGAUGAUGACGAUGACGAUGACGGGCCAGAUACGCCCUCUGCUGAGAGGGAGCUGCCUUCUUCGCCCACGAAGCCCGGUGCUAAACGCGGGAAAGACGCCGCUGAGGACAGCGAGUUUGCUCAAUGGUUCUGGGAGAAUAGAGGAGACAACAACCGGGCAUGGAAGCGGAGGAGGAGAGAGGCUGGCAAGGAGAAACGCCAGCGGGAGAACAGGAGCCAUAGUUCCAGGGGCAAACGAUAG